CGAUAUUUUCGCGAGUUUGAAGAGCUCAGCAUCCUAGGGCGUGGCGGCUACGGGAUUGUCUAUCAGGUGAAACAUCGGCUCGACAGUCAGUUCUACGCCGUGAAGAAACGAGGCCACGCGGAGCUGGAUCAAGUGCUACGGGAACUACGCACACUGGCGCGGUUGGAUCACCCGAACAUUGUACGAUACUAUGCUGGAUGGAUCGAUCGUGGCGUCGACGCUUCCGCCAGCAUCGUUUCUUCCGCCGAACGUGCCAAUUUUGGCGCAUCUACGCUUGCCAUUCACAUGCAAAUGUCGUUGCACCCAAUGACUCUCGCAGAGUUCCUAUCUCCGCCCAAUGGUCAGUCAUCUGGUCCCGGUGCGGCAGUGCCCCUUGCGCACUGCUUCCACAUCGGAACAUCCAUCUCCAUCGUCCAGGCCAUUAUCGACGGUCUGGAAUACCUCCACAGCGAGGACAUUGUGCACCGAGACAUCAAGCCUGGCAACAUCUUCCUUGGCCGCAAAGACAACCCCAGAUCGACAGGCGCGUCCGUAGAUCUCAUGCUGUGCAGCGAGUGUCGCGCCGCGGGCCACGCAGCUCCCAUCAAACUCGAAGUCCGAAUCGGUGAUUUCGGAUUGGUCUCGGUGGCUGAUCCGGAGGCUCCAACAGCCGUGGGACUUGAAGCCGUCGGCACGGAAAUGUAUCGACCUGUCGACGGCGAUCGGUGCGCCACAGCGCUGGACCUGUACGCUUUGGGCAUUGUCAUGUUUGAGCUGUGUUGGAAGUUCGACACGCGCAUGGAGCGUGUGCAUGUCAUUCGAAAACUGAAGCUGGGCGAGUUCCCGGCGGGGUUUGCGGAGAGGCUGGGAAGGAAGUGUGGGACGACAAUGAUGGAGUGUAUUGCGGUCAUGAUGGCCGAU